UCCUGGUACCUAGACAGGGUUGAAGGUUGAGGGUGGUGAGUGUUUUCUGGUCAAAAACUUUACAGCAUUCUGUAAAUUUCUUUCUUUCUUUUUAAAGAUUUUUCUUAAAGAAAUCUUAAUCAUGUCGUUUCGUGAGAAUACAAUACACAAAAUGCUUCCUAAGAAAUAUCUUCGGAGAUAUGUGGCCCAUGAAAUAUAUGUUGCAAUAACUUACUUCAAAAACCUUGUGCCCGUCAUGGAUAAAUAUGUUUACAACGAUGGGACCGCAAAGAACUUGAUGAGCCUUACUGGAACCAUACCUGUCAUGGUUUCAGGUAACAAUGGCUUUGCACUUUGUCCUCCACAAAACAGAUUUCAAUUAUUUAAAACAAGUGUUUUAAAGUAUGCAAGAAAAAGUAAAAAAAGCCUGCUGAAUUUGCCUGAAAUACCUUACUGUUUCAUUCUGCAAGACAAGACCUACAACAUACCCAUAUGUCUUUGGUUUGAGGAAGAAUACCCCCAAGCUGCUCCUAUCUGCUUUGUACAACCCACACGUGAAAUGAUGAUUCUCAAAGGAAAGCAUGUAUCCAACAGUGGAAAAAUCCGGCUGCCUUACUUGGAAGAUUGGAAAAAUGGUGAGUGUGACCUAGUGAGCCUGCUGCAGGUGAUGGUUGCCAUGUUUGGAGAGUUCCCCCCUGUAUGUAUGAGACCUUAUCCAGAAUAUGAACAAGCAUCGUGUUGCCAACUGUUCUAUAGACAAGCAGAUGGGAGUUCAUAUCUAACUUUAAAUCGGGAAGACGGUCAACCUUUCCAACAAGAAAAUGAGACCAACUGUUAGACUUUUGUGAUAUAAAAGAAUAAUUGUAUAUAAAUAACCUUUGCAUGAUCAUGUCUGAUCUGUGUGUUAGGUGAUCAUUUAAUGUGUAGUUUAUCAGCUGAUAAGCUUGCAUGUUGUAUAUAGCUUUUAAUUUAUAAUUUUAUACUUGCUUGUUUUUUAAUAUUUAGGAUUUCAAUCGCCUAAUGAAAACAUUUUUUAUUGUGUACUGAUGGGAAUUAAUUGAAUUGUGCUUUUCAAAAAAGUAUUUCAGGUACUUUCAAUGUCUGUUUACCAACCACCUUGAAUUGCUUUAUAACCAGCUCAUAAAAAGAGCUUAACAGCAAUUUUAGGUUAGUCCAGUGCUGAGAUCUGAAGUCAUUUGGACUUUUGAACAGAGGGAGCAUACAAGGCCAUGACCAGCCCUCUAAAUGUUGUAACCCAGAUAAUCACAACAUUUGUUGGACCUACAACAGCAAUAAGUUAGCAGGUUCUUCAGCAGCACAAGCCAACCUGCUUUUAUUUUAUUUUAUUUUAUUUUAUUUUAUUUUUUGCUAUAAUGUGUACAUUACUCAUUUUUCUUUUUUCCAAUUGUUGGAAUUUGCUCUAAAAGUCCAUAAAUACUCCCAGCAUUAUAAACCUGUUUGUGAAAUAUCUUUCUUUUCUUUUGUUUUUGUCAAAAAUAUGAAAAAACAAAUAAAUUAAACCCAUCUUUGCUGA